GAGGCUUGACGGGACCCAGGGACGGGGGGCGCCUUGCGAGACGUCGCAUAGGACGGAUAAUCAGGAUACCCAAGGGCAAGAAUUACAAGUGGACCGCUCAAAGCUUCUCUUUUUUGACCGCAAGAGCAUAUUGACAUUCAACUCUAAGGAACAGGAAUUGCACAGCAUUGCAAAAAUCAAGCCGAAAAGCAUUAAUUUGAAGGCUGUGUCCAAAUUGAGAGGAAAACUUUUUGUAAUGGGUUAUGAAUAUCAAUCACAGUUGGUUGAAAAACCAAGAGAUUUUAUGUUGACCAUGGAGAUCGAAAAGGGCACAUUAAACUGGAAGGAAGUGCCAUGCCCCUCAGAUCUGAAGAUGUUACCGCUAAGUAAUGCGAUCCGUUUGAGUGACGGCAGGAUAUGGUUGUAUGAUUAUAAAAAACGUCAUACAGUCUUAUUUGAUGGAGAAAACUUUCUUCCUUCUGUUGAACCCAUAUGGGUAAAGAACGGUUACGGAUUAAUGGGUGCAGCCUUCGGAAGAGUUCAUAAUGAUUACAUCAUUGCCGUUGGAGCAACCCGUUAUGACUUUGAGACUAAAGAAUCUAUUGCAAACCAGACACUGAGUAUUUUCAUGCUCGACGUGAACAGAAACGAGUCCAAAACUGUACAAGUCAUCCCAAACAAAUAUUUGAUUGGAGCAUCCAUUUGGUCAGUGAUCCAAGAUGAAAAAAUCAAGGUGCUUAUUGGUGGAGGAAGGAAAUCACCAUUUGAACCAGACCCAAGUUUGAUCGUUGUGGAAUUAAAAUCGGGAGAUAUAACCAUCCUGGAGAGCAGCGCUCAUUAUCUCCCAACAAAGGAAAGGAAUGUCCGAUUCACUGCAAUUGUGAUGAUUGGACAGGAACCAUAUUACGUCCAAAAGAACUCUUCGGUUGCCAAAAUUACCAACCUGCAAGAUUUUGCAGAUGGCAAAGGGGAUAAAAAUACGAUUUUUGUACCAGGAGCGUCCUGGUUCCUCAAGGGGCUCCAAUUUGCUGAUGUUGACGACUGGCUGUCUGAAGACACCCCUUGA